CCUGCCGGCAAGAUUUGCUUUUUCUCGCGAGGAGAGACGUGCGGCAUUUACUUGAAUCUAUGGUAAUGAAGUCCCGUUUUUCGACUGUUCCAAGAAGAAUGGUACCAGGCCACUGACGAGAGAAAGUAAAAGCUACUCUUGCCAAGUUUUAAGAACCAUGGACUUCUUGAAAUGUGGUUCAUGUGCCACCAUUUUCCACGAGCUUGACACGUUUAUCACGCAUAAACAAAAAGGAUGCACUGGAAAGCCUGAAGAUGCUGAGACCACAGAGAAAAAAGCUACUGCAGAGAAUGUUAAGAAAUCGACACCAAAGGUGGAACAAGAAACGACAGCCAAGAAGUCCGUCAAAGAUGAAGAUGCAUCCAAAGACAAGAAAGCUCCUGCCGCUCCCUCAGCCUCUAAAAACAAUGGCCUACAGAAGGCAGGUCGGCGUGGCUUUCCUGGCUACAUGCAUCAGCGCUUGCGGCAACAAAAGAAGCUUCAGAUGCAACGUGCCUGCAAGGUAGCAGCCGCUGAGCGGCAGCAGCAGGCCUCCAAAGCCCAGCAGACACGAACGCAUGCUCCUGGAACAUCUCUUGCCUGUGGUCGCUGCGAAGGCUGCAGCCGAACUGAGGACUGUGCUCAGUGUGCCAACUGCACGGAGAGAAGGGUGGGUGCUCGAGGGCCAAGGAAAAAAUGCCUGCUGAGGCGCUGCGAAAACAGCACAGCACAGAAAAAGAAAGUGUACAUAGUGGAGAAAAUACUAGAGAAGAGAGUGAAUGCCGCCGGAAAGGUUGAAUAUCUCCUCAAAUGGAAGGGAUACCCAGACUCAGAAAACUGCUGGGAGCCGGAAGAAAACAUUAUCAGCAAGCGACUCAUUCAUUUAUUUGAAAAAGAACAAGAGGCUGCCCGCACUGAGAGCAAAACGGACGCCAAAGAUGAACUCGGCAGCUCCUCGAGCAAAGAGAUAAAAGACGAGGAUGAAAGCACGAGUGAAGAUGCGGAAGCAACCACCCAUAAGCGCAUAUUCUCGGCACUGGGCCUCCACCGACAAGGAGAGGAGCUCGCGACACCCACUACCGAACCAGGUCGCAGAGGCCGCAGUAGUAAGUCAGCUGCAAAAGACUUUAUUAAGACAGUGUGCAGCAAAAGGUCGCGGAGCCCAGAGUCACUUGCUUCUUCAACGCGAAUCUCGAACGCAUCAACAGGCACUCCGCUGUCCAAACAACCUUCAACCAUAAUGAGUCCGAGCGCUCGGGAAGGGGCUGCUGGUGACGCAGCGGCAUUGGGUGAAGUGAAAGAGGAAGAGACAGAGUCCAUAGCAAUCAUCUACAUCCCAAAUCCGGACGAUCCCGGCAAGUACAUUACUGUGAAAGGGGAUCAUCGGCAAGUGAGUGCCUUGGACAGGGUGGACCUGAACCCUGUGGUUGUUUUAGGUCCCAAGCAUCCGGACAUCAGAAGCAUACCUGGGCCAUCGAGUGGUGGUACAGGGACGGAAACAAAGGAGCCAGCCUCAUCAACGGCCGCCAAGUCACAGGAAGAGCCACGAGUAAUCAAUGUGGAGGUGGUUCAGCUAGGCUCUCUCGAAGAGGAAGGGGAAGGUGGCUCGUUCUCUUCGCCCUACCGCAAACCGUCGGUGGUCGCUCGAGCACGCAUGAAAGCUGUUGGAAUGUUCUCAUCACCGUCGCGCCAGAUGGCCUACCACCGGGGUCCUGGCAGGCCACGCAAGACAACCCUCUCAGUGCCUACGCCAUCUCGCAGAGGCCGCAAAAGGAAACGGCCGUCCAGGGAUGACUUCUACUACGGCGAUGAUGAUACAGAGUUUGUACCUUCCGUGUCCCGUUCGACCAAAUGCAAGACAUGUGUGCAAGUUGUGGGUGAAGAUGUAGACCCCUCAGCGUCUGUUGUGCCUGAUGUGCCCAAAAGGAAAGUGGGCCGGCCGCGCAAAUAUCCACCACAUCCGAUGCACCACUUUUCACCAGAACAGCGCAAGAUGUUGGCGGCUCGACGUGGUCGCAAGAAACUAACGCAGCCGCGUACUCGACGAAACCGCGUGUUUGUGGUAAUGGCCGACGGCACCAUGGUAGAAGUGUGCGGCACAGACCGACAGAAGGCGGUUGAGCGGGCAACCGAGAAGGUGCGCGCCAUGCGGGAAGGUGGUGCCGACACACUCGCUACGGACGAAACGGACCCUGCUGAGGACGAGGACAGCAUGCCAGCAGCACCGGCUGUGAGCAUGGCAACAGCGCAAGCUACUGCUAAGGAAUCUGCUCCGGACAGUGCUACCGGCAGCAUUGGUACAGCAGUGCCAAGCGUAACAAGUCCUACCGGAGCUGGCAACCCACAAGGUGUGAUAGGCAAUCGGAAGAGGAGCAGCACCCAGAUGAGCCUGGAGGAGUGCACCAAUGACGCCGUGGAUGACACGCACACUCUCAAGCUGCCCAACACAGUGCAGCUGGUAGAAAGCGAACUCCCACUGGCCGAGGCUGAAAACGCGGACUCCCUCAUCGGCAUGUUCCUCUUCCGACAGGUGUUCUCCCCUAACGACACCAGCCUGCAAUGCCUGUUCUGCCAGUCCAAGUAUGUGUUCCGUUUCCCCGUUGACCUGGAGAAGCACUACCAUGUGAUCCACGAAAUAGCCGUGCAUAGUGCCAAGGCAGAGUUCAGCGAGGCUGUGGUGUUUGUGUGUGUGCCCCCAGAUGUCACUGAGGACACCACACUGAACUCCACGUGUCGGUUCUGCGACCUCACUCUGCGCACCCUCUCAGAGGUACGCGACCACUACCCGGAGGUUCACUCCAAGACUGUGCGACUUGUCGCUGAGUCAGCAGUGGCUGAACUGGCGAGCCAGUUUUUCUGCAGCGUGUGCUCGUGGGCCUCGUCCACCUUCGAGCAGCACCACAGCCACAUGAAGGCAGCGCACCGGAUGCAGACGUACACUUGCCGCUAUUGUGGGUACUGCACACCGAGGCCAGGCCGCCUUCGUUUCCACGUCAAGCAGCGCCACCUGCAAGACCAGCCGGGUCCGCACCUGCAGUGCUCGGUGUGCUCUGUCUACGUGCAUGGCCGAGAACGACUGCACAAACACAUCCUGCUCUCGCAUGCCGUACAGACAGGCCCACAGACGUGGUCGUGUGCAAAGUGCCUGCAGCCCUGUGGUAACUCAAAAGACCUCAUGGCCCACAUCAGCCGGUGCCCACUACUGCGGGGUGACAAGGGAAAAGGUCGUGGCAGCCUGGGUUCCAGCCUGGGUGGAUCAUUAGGUGGACCAAAAACCAACCUCUUUUACAAGUGCAACAACUGUUCACUCACGUUCACCUCCGAAGAAGAGAUCAAGAAGCACAUGGCAGAUGGGGUGCACUUGCCCAAGGGCCAGCUUGCUACAGCUAGUCCGUCUGCAGUGCCAGGAGCCUCGGAAGAAGGCACUUCUAGCGGCGUGGGCGAAGCUACUGCUCCCCUGGAGUCGCCUGGUGGUCUGGAGGCUGGCAGCAGUGAGGACGACGGCCUGGCCGGCUCGUCGAGCACGUGCUUCCUGUGCUGCAUGCGCUUUGCCAGCACCCAGGCCUGCCAGAUGCACCAGCACCAUGUGCACAUGCGAUGGGUCAAGCGCGGACUGCCAGACUUCUCCAGCGAAGAUGUCCAGAGCAACCUGUACAGUAUGCCCAUGGUAGAGAACAACAGCGAGACAGAGCUGACUCAGCAGCGAGCAGUGGAAAGUAUUACGCAACAGCCUGGCUCCGAGGACGACGCGAUGGCGACCACUCAGGAGGCCUCUGGUAGCGAAGGCACCCUGCAGGCCGAGGCGUCCUCGAAGAGCCCAGAGGAAGCGGGGGCAGAAGAUGGAAAAGGCAGUGCCGCAAGUGGCACCCUCAGCUCGGCCGACAUCCCAUCAGAUGCCAAACUCCUGGAGUUGGGCUUUCCCACCAAGGUGGGCCACUACUGCCACGUGUGUGAUGCUGUGAUCAAGAGUUAUGCCCUGUACUACCUGCACAUGCACAACCUGCACCGCCUCGAGAAACGCUUUCAGUGCAUUGUGACGGCCUGCAGCCAGACUUUCACGUGCCCCAAUGCAUUCCAGCGCCAUUCACUGCGCCACAACCAAAAGUCUGACAGCUACUGCUCCAUGUGCGACAUGGUCUUUGAUGACAAUGAUCACCUUCAGGACCAUUUCCUCAGUGCCGAGCAUGCCAACAAGUACAUGCGAGUGCAGGAGAAGUACAACCGCUCGGAGCCACGUAACUACCGGUGCCGAGUGUGUCACAGCUGGUUUGGCCUGUUUGCCACUUUUGUGAAACACAUGGAGACCGAGAGCCACCAGUACCAGUGCCAGCACUGUGGCCUGCUCUUCGUCCAGCCCGGGCCUCGUCGUAACCACAUCCAGAGUGUACACCCAGAACUUGCCAACAUCUGCGAGAUAUGCGGCUCGAAGAUGGCCAACUCCCAGGCCCUUUGGAGCCACUUGUCCUUGCACAGCAUUGUGCACGAAUGCCACAAGUGCCACCGCCGCUUUCUUCAAAGAGAGCAGCUCAUGGCUCAUAUGGAAGUUCACGCGCCACCGACACCCUGCCCUUGGCAGGGCUGCAACCGCAAGCUGGCCACAAAAGUGGGGCUCUACAAUCACUUACGUAUGCAUCGUGGCGACACAGACUUCAGGUGCCUGACCUGUGGAAGAGGCUUCUUCAAGAAGAAAGCUUUAGACACUCACAUGCGACUUCACGAAGAACCCUCUGCACUGGCCAGGAUUCAGCAUUCGGACUUGGCUCAAGAUUCCCACAUUCUGGCUGAAGUGAGCCCGCAGGAGAGCCAGGAAGAAUCUGCAGGAGAGCUCAUUCAGCUUAUCUGUGCGGGCUGCCUGAACGGCUUCGAGUCUGAGGACCUGUUUGCGGCUCACAUUUGCACAGGUCACCAAGGAGAAGCCCAAGAGCAGGGCUACAUGACUGCCGAUGAUUCUGUGAUCAACAUGGUCACAGGAGAUGGCACGUUGUCAUCAGCAGAUCUUGGUGGAAGCCAGCUGAUGACCGCAACAGAAGAAGGACUCACCACAACUCUGGCAAUAAACCCGCAAGAAGAUUUGGCCACACAGCUAGCUCGAGCUGUAGCGGAAGCAACUGGUCCAGGCCAGGUGACUGUGUCUAUAAACACGGCUGACGGCAUAGCAACCAUUAGCCAGGGCCCACGAGGCCUGACGCACUUCCAAGGCGUGGAGUCUGUGACCAUGGAUUCUGCUGACAUGGAGCUUACAGAUCAACAGCAGCGGAUGUCCUCAUUGAAGCAAGAGGGAAUGGAAACAAACGAAGAAGAAGGUGGUGAUGAGCUUGUUAUACAGCAGCUCGGAGAGCCUGCAGAAGACACAUCACCACGGCAAGAGCCUGAACAGCAAGAGCAGGUAGGUACGCAAGAGAUGAUGCAUCCCGAAGAACAACCUGAGGAGCAAGUCCAAGCGGAACAAGAGCAACACCAGAUGGAAGUCACCAUGCACCAUCAAGAGCCCGAACAACAGGACAGUACCAUGGAGACCGAAAUGAGCGAACAAACAGCACAGCUGUUGAUGGCUGCUGAUCAGGAAGGCCUAGAGCACCUGGCAGUGGAGUCUGAGAAUGGCGAAGUGAUUCACUUUGCCAUCGUUCGCCAUCCGGAAGGGUCCCAGGAAGGAGUAGCUGUCACCUCAGAGGAGAUGGCCAUGCUGGCUGCUGGCGGAGAUGGCGCGUCGUCGUCUCUGGCUCGCAUCAUGACGAUGGACACAUCAUCUUACAUGGUAUCUGGCGACAUGACCACGACGUCGGCACAACUUGGCAGCGAGACGAAAGUUGUUGGUGCUCUUAAUACUGAGGCGCCUUUGCUAUCUGUGGGCUCUGGAGACUUGUGCAUGUCUCAGGAGGCAUACGACGUAGAGCAGGGAGAAACUGCUGCGGAGGCCAUGGCGGAAGGUACAGAGAGCCAAGAGCAAGCCAUCACGCCCGAAGGCAUGGCCUAUGCUGAGACCCCUGUCACCUGUGAAGGUGGUCAGAUGCCCAUUGUCAUGAUGGUACCAGGGGGUCAAGAAGGCUUGAACAUGGAGAGUGGGGAAGGUUUCGCCAAUGCUGCUGUGCUCAAGGUUCCCACCUCGGAUGGCGGGGAGAGGGUGCUCCUGAUUCCCAUCAGUUCGGAAGGCGGGAACACUGUGUUUGCUCUGCCAGGAGGACUGACACUUGGAGGUGUUGCCGAAGGACAAGAAGGGUCCGGAGCACAGCAAGGCUGUGUGACAGUGUCCCUGGAUCCUGGCUCCGCAGGCAAUGUUGGUGAGGACCAUGGCAUUCUCACACUACCAAUGGUGACGGACACAAUGACAGGCCAGGUAUCAGUGCAGUUUGCUCCCGAGCCAGGAGAAUAGGUUUCUCUGUGACGGCUCUGGCAAAAACAUAGUGUGGGAAUGCUUGCAGGAAUGGUGGAUUCUGUUCUUUUUAUGCCGUUCUCACUAUAUUGUUCGCCUUUGCGUUUCCGGUGAGGUCGUGUUAGUAAGCUUGUGCUUGGCGUUGAAGCACACAAAUUGGACAGAUGGUAAAGGGUUUCCAUCAGUUCCUCUCAUUUCUUUGUUUUUUCCUUGUGCCUUGUUCUAUUGCAGUGAUUCCCCUUGGUCUUUUUGCCCCUUUUCUCGCUCAUUUUCGCACAAGCGAAAUGUUUAAAGCCCUUGGUUUCGAUGUUGAGAACAGACGUUUUUGUAUUUUGGCAGUAUGUCUCCCGUGAUCACGCAAAAGGAAGUAAGGACUCCCAAAGACAAGGGUGUUAUGGCUUCCCGAAGUACAACUUGACACAGUCUACUCUUCUGUCAUGUCCAUUCUUAGUUAAUUUUUCAUUCUGAACUAAAAUUCAAAGCAAGCAAACUGAAUUGUCACUGAUGAUAAUUCUUUUCUUUGUAAAAUGCUGUUGGUGUGAGGCAUGGAAUGGAUGCCACAUAAUAAAGUUACAUUUAAGCGCAAUCAUCUCAUCAACUUAUAAAAUGGAGUCAUGUUCUAAAAGUCAUGAAGUGCUACUGUAAAUAUGCUUGCAUCGUUUCUUUAAGUAUACAAUUGUAGUAUACCACUGCUGUUGUCCAGUGCAGGAUUUUUGCGAAUUUGACAUCACAGUGGUAUCUUGUACAUUUUUUUUUUUUUUUGCUGUCAAUAAAGCGUGUUCACCACUCUUAACAGAA